AUCAUAUAGUACUAAUUUUCCAAGCGUCGAAUUUGAUGACCGGCUCUGUUUCAUGUCCGUACAAAAACUUCACCCACAUUUGCCGGUCAAUCUUUUCUGUUCUCAUCUCUAGCUCAGCCGAACUCCACGUUCAAGAUUAGAGGCAAAACCUCACCAUCUCCACCUAGACCAACCCCAACACCCCCCCCCCCUCCCCCCGGAAAAAUCUCACUUUCUUCCACACUCAAAACUCUCUCUCUCUCUCUCUCUCUCUCUCGCACACCUACCUACCUACCAUAAAAACAAGAUCAGCCCUGCCCUACUCUCUUUCUUCUCAAGAACCGUAGACAAACCUCGCUCUCUCUCUCUACUACUACUACUAUAUUUCUCGGUAUACAUUGAUGAAUAAUUUGCUACUUUGAUACUGCUAUGGAAGGGAAAGAAGCGGUAAAGAUUGAGAAUUUUGUUGGAUCGUCAACAUUCCCCGAUCAUAUUCAGAGUUGUUAUUCUCUUCAAGGUGUAUUUGAUUUCUGUGAAGGAGAUAAGAACUCUUUAGGGUUUAUGGAGCUACUGGGUAUGCAGGACUUCAGUCCUUCCUUGUUUGAUAUGCUGCCGGUACCAUCUGUGGUGCAAACUGCAGCUUCUAAUCCAGGUGUUACGAAGAUGGAAUCCCCAGAGGCGUUGAAUCAGCCUGCAACUCCUAACACUUCGUCGAUUUCCUCAGCGUCCAGUGAGGCUUUAAAUGAUGAACCCGUUAAGACUGUGGAUAAUGAGGAAGAAGAGCAGCAGAAGACCAAGAAAGAGUUGAAGCCCAAGAAGACAACUCAGAAGAGACAGAGAGAGCCGAGAUUCGCGUUCAUGACGAAGAGCGAUGUUGAUCAUCUGGAAGACGGGUACAGAUGGAGAAAGUACGGCCAGAAAGCUGUAAAAAAUAGCCCCUUUCCUAGGAGUUACUAUCGUUGCACCAGUGCCUCAUGUAAUGUGAAGAAGAGAGUGGAGAGAUCUUUCAGUGAUCCAAGCAUCGUCGUGACCACCUAUGAAGGCCAACACGUCCACCCUAGCCCUGUCAUGCCCCGUCCGAGCUUUGCUGGAGCUGCGUCGGAGUCCGGUUUCUCCGCAACUGCUUUUGCCAUGCCAAUGCAAAGAAGAUUAUCUCUCUAUCAACAACCCUAUGUCAAUAGCUUCUCACCUUUGGCUUUAGGCUAUAACGAAACUUCAAAUGCUAGUUUUCUACAUGAGAGUCGCUUUUGCACCAGCCAAGCAAGAUCUGCUUUGCUUGAAGAUCAUGGGCUUCUUCAAGACAUGCUCCCCUCCCAUAUGCUAAAUGAGUAGAUGAAAACACGAUUACUGUUUUUGAGUUCCAUUCACUGGGAGUGGGACCGCCAAGGUGUAGAUGGAGGAGUCUUGACUGAUAUAUAAAAAAAAUAAUAUUAUAUAUAGCAUGUAAUUUUCUAGCUGACAGGUCAUUAUAUAUCUCUCUUGAAAAAGAAUCCAACUUCCAUUUACACAAGCUUCUGAUGAUUCACUGUAAGAUGGGAUUCAGACCUCUCUUCGAUGCUAUGGACUAGCUUCUUUCUCGGACUCGGUUUUUUUGGCAACCGGUUCUAACCCCCCUCCCCCUUUUUUUUAUAUAUAAUUUUCCUUUUUAUUUAUUUAUUUAUAUUUCCGCGGCUUUUGGGUUUGUAGGGAUUAUUCAUGAUAUAGAAAAUGAGGUUAUUUCAAAU